CACUUCAAACAGAGGCUCUGGGCCUGUGCUCAGUAAUCCUUCCUGUGGUUUAAAAUGUUUUUCUUUGUAUGUGUUUCAGACAAACAACAACAAUAACCCUGAUAAUUGAACAGAAAAGUCGACUUAUAAAAUAUUAUAGAAAUAUUAUGUGAAUAUUAAUCAAAUUGAUGUGGUCAGAAGGCACACACACACUGUUAUUAUCGCUGUCAUGUUUAACCCCCCCGCUGCUGCAAAUGGACUGGUCGAGAGAGAGAGACUGCUGCUGUCACGCGCACGCGCACGCGCUCGGACUAUAUUUGGGACUGAGCGCAGUGAGAAACAGUUGAUGACGGAGCUGCUGGAUGUUUCUGACAAACACCGGUAACAACUGACACAGAGGCAGCAGACACCCGCAGAGAUCAAUACAUCCAUCAUCAUCAUCAUCAUCAUCAUCAUUUCCAAGGAAGGGGAACUACAGUUACCCAAGACGUUUCCUUGCAGAGAAGCAUUUCCACGCUGUUGCUUUGGUACUUUUACUGACCUGAAUACUUCCUCCAGCACUGGUAUUGAUCGGGCUGGAGAGCCCUAAAGACAAACAGAUGCAGACAUGAUCCCCUUUUCUCCCUGAGGAACUGACCAAUCAGCAGCCAGGAUGAUGCCCAAGCAGCUGGCCCAGACGUCUCCAGGGAGCGUGUUGUCGCUGAGAGGGUCCAGCGUCCCGGGAUCCCCUGCGGCCGCCAUCGUGGUCAGAAUGGAGGAUGGGGUUAUCGGCUAUAAGGACUUGGCGGCGUUACCAACAGACAAAGCCAUCUUGGAUAUAGAGAGACCAGACCUGAUGAUCUACCAGCCGCACUACAGCUACAGUCCACUGGAGAGGUCCUUGUCUCCUCGCUCCAUCUCUCCUCCUCCCUCCCCGGAGAAGGAGUCCAGGGACUGGCUGGAGAACCGGUCUCCCGGAGGUUCCUCCCCUGGUUCCACCAUCCAGACCAGCAGAACACACAGCACACACACCCCCCCGACACCAAACACGCCAAACACGCCGCACACACCAAACACACACUCCUCUUGUACCAAGAGCGCAAUGCAGCACUUCCACAGGCCUGAAAAUGGCACCAACAUCUAUAAGAAGCCUCCCAUCUACAAACAAGAUGUGUCGUCCUCUCAGGUCCCUCAGGGGAAACACAUCGAGGAUCUGAUCAUCGAGUCGUCUAAGUUUCCAGCAGCUCAGCCUCCAGACCCCAACCUGCCCUCCAAGAUAGAGACUGAGUACUGGCCCUGCCCCCCCUCCCUGGCCGUGAUUGAGAACGAGUGGAGGAAGAAGGAGCAGAGGGAUGAAGAUGAGGAGGAGGAUGGAGAGCUGGACGAUGUGCUGUGGGGACUCAGAGCGCUUCAGAAACAAGAGCUCAACAAGAUUCAGUCUAAUCUGGGAAAAAUCAUCCUGAAGGAGGAGUUGGAGAAAUCUGCAGGUCCUCUGAGGAGGAAGACUCGCUCACUACCGGACCGCAGCCAACACACAGGGUCGAACGCCUCCAAGUCCGUGUAUUUCCCAGCAUCCUCUAAGAGCGGCCUGUCCAGGCUGCAGUCGGCAGAGUUCAGCUCGUCUGAGAAAACUCCUGCAGAUCUUCAGAACGGAGACUCCAGGAUGGACCGAGGAAACUCUCUGCCCAGCAUGUUGGAACGUGAAGUAACAGCAAUCUACCCCUAUGAGAUGCUGGUGGUGACCCACAGAGGGCGGAGCAAACUGCCCCCCGGUGUGGACAGAACCAGGCUGGAGAGACACCUCUCGCAGGAGGAGUUCUUCAGUGUUUUCGGGAUGUCCAUCGAGGAGUUCGACCACCUCUCCGUCUGGAAGAGGAACGACCUGAAGAAGAAAGUCUGUCUCUUCUGACGCCGCCGGGACCGCAUCUCCCACGAUCCUCUGCUCUUCCUGGAUCACUGCAGGAUCCUGAAACCGCACGGACUCUGAACAAAACGUCAUUAUCAGCACCGCCGCCGCCAUCAUCACAGCAGCUCACUGUCAGUCAGACGCUCAGUGAGACGCCUCAGGCUUCAGGUUUGAUGUGAUUCACAGUGAAGGUUUGAAUGAGUGAUUUUAGAUAUUUCUGCUGCUCACAUGAACUCCACCUGUUUUAAAGCGGAGCUGCAGAACAACUGUUUAAUAAGUUUCAGUUUCUAAGUGUCUGUGGAAAAUGUAUUAAUAACAAAACUACUGAGCGAGCACAAAGAAUCAACCCGCAAGUCAAGAUGUGGAAGCGCAGAGCAGGUUUUGAGAGGUCGAUGUUUGAACACGCAAGAGAAGAAGAGCUUCUUUAAUGUUGUCUAAACGCUAACUGAGAGCAGAGCAAACUCCAGUGGGUUUGACCUGGAAGUGAAGCCCGGUCACACCAGCAUUUUUAACAGUUCUCUUUAAUUUCAGAGAAAUCGCAGCAAUCAGUGGAUUUGCUUACAUAGGUGAACUAAAUCCACGUGGAUCUUUUUGCGUAGAGUUAAAGUUUUGGUGAACUUUGACAAGCUAAAUUGCUUUGAAGCAGUCUCGACAGUCCGGAGGCUACGGAGCUCAACACACUGAAACUUAGGAACACAUUUAGCUUUUUUUUUUUAGCGGGGGGAGUCCAGAAUAAAGGAAGCCAUCAUUUUAGCUGCGUCACCUUCCAGUUUUAUAACUCUGCUCUGCUGGAGUAUAAAGAUGCACCAAGAUCUGCAGUCAGAUGUCACACAGGAGGUUGAUUACCAUUUCCUCUUGUUAGCAACUGCGCUAGCUAGCUGGCUUGCUACUAGCUAGCAAACUGAUAGCAAGCUAGCUAGCUUUGCGAGCUAGUUUGGCUGGCUAACACCCGUUUGUUACUAGCUAGCUAAUAUGUUACCGACUAGGAGUGGCUGAUACGAAUAAAGCCCUUUAUCAUGAUAUAUGUCAUUUUAUAUCACAAUAUCAGUAUAGCUAUAUAUAUCAUGAUAUUGUACAUUUUCAGUAAAAUGAAAUUAUUAAUGGAUAAAAUAAUCAGACAGAAAUGUCUUUUGUUUUUGGAAAAUACAACAAAUUAAAUAUCUGACAUGUCAAAGAAUUUUAUCAUGUUAAUGCUUAUAAAGUUAUAUAAAAAUCAAUUAUUGCCAUAAUUCAGUCCUGCUCAUUGGUUUACUAUACUGGUUUAAUAUCACCAGAGAUAUUAAAGGAAAGCGAUACCUUGCUAUAAACGGUACAUGGCUAAAUCUCUGACAAUAGACUCAUUUAUAUCGUCGUAUUGCCCAACUCUAAUGUCACCAAGCUUCUACGCCUCAAAGACACAUGAAUUCACCUUCUGGUGUGACCCGGCUCGGCGUCAGGGGACUCCCCGGUUCGCUCAGUCAGCUUUCAAAAACUUUAAACUGCGAAACGAGAGCAGCCAGAUACGGACGAGUCCCGUUGAAGCCUGCAGGUAAAGAGUCCUCUGGGUCUGUCACUCCGGUCAGCAGGAGGUGAAAGUUAAUCUUCAUAUGUGAAGCUCAGUUGUUUGGUUGUAGUGGUGGAAUUCUGGGUAAUGAAGUUAAUUCUACUGUUGAUCUCACCGGAGGAUAUGUGUUAAAUCCCACUAAUUUUAGCAUUAAAAGUUUUCCAUAAACCAGAUUAAACAUUAAAGACUGCACCUUCUGCAGGCAGGAGUUAGACUGACAUGUUGAGUUCAGAGACUGAAACAGUUUUUAUGAUGAAGCCCUCUGAAGCCACAGACGGAGGUAUUUCUGCUGUCAGAUUUAUUUCCAGCAGAUUAAUUCAAGAUGAACGACUGAAGUAAAUAUUUUAUUAUCGAGCUUCCAGCUGCGGUCGGGCUUUAAAACAACAUUCCUGCUGACUCUGAGUCAGGUUUCAAUACAGAUUUGAGGCCGACUGUAGGAAUAGGCCUGUUCCUAUUGGCUUAGCCAGCUAUGAUGUCAUAAUGACAGCAUUUCUUUCCCAGCACCUAAAAGGAAAACAAGGAGACAGUUUGAUCACAGUCUGAAGUUUACCAUUUAACAUUUUAAAUGUUUAAAAGUUUUACAAACAAGCUGCUGAGGACUUCAACUUCUGCUAAAUUCAUUUAUUUUUAUUGAUUUAUUCCUCAGUUCCUCUUUGGAAGGAAGACCUUUAACGUGACAGUACGUGACAGCUGAACAUGAGUUUGACGUGGACUUCGAAGUUCGUAAAAGUUUAAUUUACUACACAUUUGGAAAUAUCCAAGCCCAGCUAGUCGAAUCAUCUGACGGUGACGCUGUCGGCUGAAACAGCUGAUAGCCCCAAUUCAGUAACGCUAGCCACGCUAGCAGCUCUGUGAGGCUGAGCUCAGCGGGUGCUUAGAGCUAAAUGCUAACAUCAGCAUGCUAACAUGCUCACAGUGACGAUGCUUACAUGCUGAUGUUUAGCAGGUUUAAUGUUUACCAUGUUCACCGUCUUAAUUUAGCAUGCUAGCAUGCAUAUUAUGUUUGGUGGGAUGUUCUGGUGUCCACAGACUUUAAGACGCUCGUAUAAUUUUGGCUUUAUUGUGUCUAUGAGACAUUAGAGGUGGUCCAGGGGACUAGUUAAAAUACUCAAAUCAAUAUUAAAUCAAACUUCAUAUCCCCUUCAGUUGCCUGGACGUCAGACAUCACUGUCAAAACUCAGCGCUCACUGGCUGCGAUGAAACUGUCUCCUCCUUGGUUUUUCUUCGUAAUACAGCAGAAGCCACUGCCCUGUUUUAUCCAAGUACGCCGCGCACACAAACAGAUAUACAGCAAGUGUGGAAGAACAAUGAAACCUUAAAACCAGAGCUCAGAGCAGAAAGUUUGGUUGUCACAUUGCAGCAACAUGACCGAACUCUCUGUACAGCUCUGGUUUGUCCAAUAAGCAGGUUGUAGACGUUUAGCGUCGGCUAGUGUUGCUUAGUGACCAAAUGAUGUGCAGCUAUUUUUUUUAACCGACGCAGAGAAGUGGCAUGUUUGUUAUUAAAAUCUAAAUGAAAAUGUAAAAUCAUUUUAAAAAAAGUGAAUUAUAUCAAUACAUGAAUGUUGAGAAAAGAGAAUGAGACACUGUCACCAUCAAAGAAGACGACGGGGGGGACGAAGAAGAGACGAAGAGGACAAGUUUUACUGGACUUUUCUGAGGUUUCCAAGCCAAAGGAGGACAGAGGGAUGAUGGGAAAUAACUGGAGAUCUUCACACUGACAUUUUUCACCUCCGCACCUCGAAGUGAACUGAACUGAUGAACAUCUUCAUCCUCAACACGCAGACACUUCAGUACAUCUGCAACAACUUUAGCACAAAUACUUAUACCUAUAUAUCUAGAAACUAUUAAUAUCCAUCAGCAUCAUAUCUGAUCUCCACCAACACGGAUAAGUCUGCACUUUUUUAGCACCUUUAACUAAUUAAAAGCAACACAGGCGCUGAUUUACUACUGAACCUUGAUCUGAAUGGACAAAUUAAAGGUGCAAUAUGUAAGAUUAUAUAUUUUAAUAAUAAUCAACUCGUGGUAUUCUUGGUAUAAUGACUGUAAACAAAUAAAACAAUUGUCGGCCUCUA